AAUGUGUUGAGCAUUCUAUAUGAUCCGUGAUUAGGCUGCCGUAUCGAUCCGUUUUUUGUAUAUCAGGUCAUGUGACCUUCCGCCGUUCCGCCCCCCCGCAAGGGCUUUUAAAGCCAGUCAAGGGAAGCAGCUGUAUGGUGAGCCACUGCACCAACACCAGCCUGAACUGGCUGCUUUCUGAUUGGCCGAGCCCUCGCCCAUGUGACUCAGGGCUGGCUGGAUGCUCUCCGGCAACUGACACAGUAGAUGUGUUGCUGGGAUGGAGUCUGUCACUGGUGCAGAAUGGGGUCAAGAGAUAGUCCAAGAUGGCUGCAGCAUCUUAUGAUCAGCUGCUGAAGCAAGUGGAGGCAUUGAAGAUGGAGAACUCCAACCUGAGACAAGAGCUCGAGGACAACUCCAACCACCUCACCAAACUGGAGACCGAGGCGUCUAAUAUGAAGGAGGUUUUGAAGCACCUACAAGGAAGUAUUGAAGAGGACUCCAAAGAUUCGCAAGGGCAGAUUGAAUUUUUGGAAAGAAUUAAAGAAAUGAGUCAUGACCCCAGCAGUUUCUCUGGUGUGAAGAUGAGGUCCAAGGCGUCUCUGCAGGGCUCCGGUUCGGCCCACUCGACUGACAGCAGCCCCAGCCCGAGCCCCAUGAGCUCCUUCCCCAGGAGAGGGGUGACCGGCGGGGGUCGAGACAGCGCUGGGUACCUGGAGGAGCUGGAGAAGGAACGGUCUUUGUUGAUGGCAGAGCUUGAGAAGGAGGAAAAGGAAAAAGACUGGUAUUAUGCUCAGUUACAAAACCUCACCAAAAGGAUUGACAGUCUGCCGCUGACUGAGAAUUUUUCUCUGCAGACCGAUAUGACGCGCAGGCAGCUGGAAUACGAAGCCCGGCAGAUCAGAGCCGCCAUGGAGGAGCAGCUGGGCACGUGUCAGGACAUGGAGAAACGAGCGCAGGGCCGUGUGGCUCGGAUACAGCAGAUAGAAAAAGACAUGCUGAGGAUUCAGACACGGUUACAGGCCCAGGCAGCCGACGCAGAGGUCAAGCAUGAGCCUGUGACGCAAACCGAAGGAGCUCACGCUGCAGGAGAUGCUGGCGCUGGUAAUGCGGCCUGCUCACAGGGCUCAAUUUCUCGGGCCGAUCAUGACGCCGCCAGUGAGAUAAACAGUGCUGGAAGUUACUCCGUUCCACGCCGACUGACCAGCCAUUUGGGCACUAAGGUGGAAAUGGUGUACUCGCUGCUGUCCAUGCUGGGCACCCAUGAUAAAGACGACAUGUCUCGCACGCUCCUGGCCAUGUCCAGCUCUCAGGACAGCUGCAUCGCCAUGCGUCAAUCCGGCUGCCUGCCGCUGCUCAUCCAGCUCCUCCAUGGCAACGACAAGGACUCUGUGUUGCUUGGAAAUUCUCGCGGCAGCAAAGAGGCCCGAGCGAGGGCCAGUGCCGCCCUGCAUAACAUUAUCCACUCGCAGCCCGAUGACAAACGCGGCCGGCAGGAGAUCCGGGUGCUCCACCUGCUGGAGCAGAUCAGAGCUUACUGCGAGACGUGCUGGGAGUGGCAGGAAAGCCAUGAGCGCGGCGUGGACCAGGACAAGAACCCAAUGCCUUCACCAGUCGAGCAUCAGAUUUGCCCAGCAGUUUGUGUUCUCAUGAAACUUUCCUUUGAUGAAGAGCACAGGCAUGCGAUGAAUGAGCUUGGUGGCCUUCAGGCUAUUGGGGAGCUGCUGCAGGUUGACUGUGAGAUUUACGGUCUUACCAAUGAUCACUACAGUGUUACACUAAGACGAUAUGCUGGAAUGGCUCUAACGAAUUUAACCUUUGGAGAUGUAGCCAACAAGGCUACACUUUGCUCAAUGAAAGGUUGCAUGAGGGCCAUGGUAGCUCAACUGAAGUCAGAGAGUGAGGACCUACAGCAGGUAAUUGCCAGUGUUUUGAGGAAUCUCUCAUGGUUUGCUGAUGUGAAUUGUUUGAGUGUCUUUGUGGAUGUUGUCAUGGCGGCGGAUGUGAACAGUAAGAAGAUCUUGCGAGAAGUUGGCAGUGUUAGACAUUUCUGUCUCUUACUACUUAUCUUACAGGAAUCCACAUUAAAAAGCGUCUUGAGUGCCCUUUGGAACUUAUCAGCACAUUGCACUGAAAACAAAGCUGAUAUAUGUGCUGUACCUGGAGCUUUGGCGUUUUUAGUGAGCACUCUAACAUACAGAAGCCAAACCAACACCCUUGCCAUUAUAGAAAGUGGUGGUGGCAUCUUGAGAAACGUAUCAAGCCUAAUUGCCACAAAUGAGGAGCACAGGCAAAUAUUAAGGGAAAACAGCUGCCUUCAGACUCUUCUUCAGCACCUUAAAUCACACAGUCUGACGAUAGUGAGCAAUGCCUGUGGGACGCUGUGGAACCUCUCUGCUCGGAACGCAAAAGAUCAAGAGGCAUUAUGGGAUAUGGGUGCAGUUAGCAUGCUGAAGAAUCUUAUUCACUCCAAGCACAAGAUGAUAGCUAUGGGAAGUGCCGCUGCUUUGAGAAACCUCAUGGCAAAUCGGCCCACCAAGUAUAAGGAUGCCAACAUCAUGUCUCCUGGAUCCAGUCUACCGUCCCUCCAUGUAAGAAAACAGAAAGCACUAAUUGAAGAGCUAGAUGCACAGCACCUCUCUGAAACCUUUGAUAACAUUGACAACUUAAGCCCGAAAGCCUCCCAUAGGGCCAAGCCAAGACAUAAGCAUAACGUCUACGGCGAUUAUGAUGGUGUCUGUCGAUCCGAUGGCUAUAACCCCAGUGGAGUCGGCGUUCGUUCACCUUAUAUGAACACCCCAGUGCUCUCAAGCCCAUCAUCCCGAGACAACAGAGGAAAUGGAGAAAGUGUCAGAGCCGAGAGGGACAGAAGUCUAGAUCGAGAGCGAAGGGGUUUCCAUUCCGAUGCUGAGGCUGCCAAGCGAAUGGUGCAGAUUCCCACGACUGCAGCUCAAAUUGCAGUAGUUAUGGAGGAAGUGCAGAGCAUGCACCUAAGUAUGGAUGAGAGAACCGCAGGAUCCACACCAGACCCUCACGUUGUGCAAGACGACAUGAUACGGCGCCAAACUGCUGUUCAUGGUCACCAAAAUAUGUACAGCUACAACAAAACUGACCCUUCGGGCAGACCGUGCCCAAUGCCCAAAGUGGAGUACAGAGCUUCUAAUGACAGUCUGAAUAGUGUCAACAGCACUGAUGGCUAUGGAAAGAGAGGUCAAAUGAAGCCCUCAGUGGAUUCCUAUUCAGAAGAUGAUGAAGGCAAAUGCUGUGUCUACAGAAAAUAUCCUGCAGACCUUGCCCAUAAGAUACACAAUGCAAAUCACAUGGAAGAUGACAAUGGAGAUCUGGACACACCUAUUAACUACAGUUUGAAGUAUUCUGAUGAACAGCUCAACUCUGGUCGACAAAGCCCAAGCCAGAAUGAAAGGUGGGCAAGGCCUAAGCUCCUUGACGAUGAAAUGAAGCGACCAGAUCAGAAACCACCGAGAUCUCAAAGCCCAGGAUACCCUAUGUACACUGAAGCUGGCAGUGAAGGUGAAGAUAAACUAAAAAAGUACCAGCCCAGGUUUGUUCAACAGGACCUGCAUGGAUUUAAGUCAAGGGGCUCAAAUGAACAAACUAACAGUGGGUCAAGUCAUGGACUUAACAAAAAGAUCUCUCAAACUAUCUGCACUGUGGAUGACUAUGCCGAUGACAAACCAACAAACUACAGUGAGCGCUAUUCAGAGGAAGAGCAGCUUGAUGAGCAAACUCCAAACUACAGCAUGAAAUACAAUGAGGAUCAUCAUGCAGAACAACCUAUUGAUUACAGUUUGAAGUACUCUGAUACUUCCUCCAAGAAGGCCAUGUUUAGUCAUUCAAAGCCAUCCUCUACCCAAGGUUCUGGCAAAGAUCAUUUGAGCCAAGAUACUUCCUCCUCUGUGGCAUCUUUAAAGAAUCAGGGUAGGCAAAAGCAACUCCACCCUUCGUCUGCUCAAAGCAGAGGAGGACCAACAAGAGCAGUUCAGAAGAACCCAGCAUGCAAGGCUCCCACGAUAAAUCAAGAAACAUUACAGACGUAUUGUGUGGAGGACACACCCAUUUGUUUCUCACGUGGUAGCUCUUUAUCAUCAUUGUCCUCAGAGGAAGAUGAAAUGGAGAGCUGCAAGCGUAAUGUCAACUCAGCCAAAAACUACACAAAUCUACCUAUGUCAGAAAAAGAAUCCACAAGUAACAUUGCAUCUGACCAACGCACAACUGACAGCCAAUCAUCAGGCCAUUAUGUUCGCAUCAAGCCUCCGCGACAUCACUUGGGACAUGGAGAUGCUUCCAGGCAUCACAAAACAGUGGAAUUUUCAUCAGGUGCUAAAUCACCAUCCAAAAGUGGUGCCCAAACACCAAAGAGUCCUCCUGAACAUUAUGUACAAGAGACUCCGCUCAUGUUCAGCAGAUGCACAUCUGUCAGCUCCCUUGAAAGUUUUGAGAGUCAUUCCAUUGCAAGUUCUGUGCAGAGUGAGCCAUGUAGUGGGAUGGUAAGUGGGAUUAUCAGUCCAAGUGAUCUGCCUGAUAGCCCUGGACAAACAAUGCCACCAAGUCGCAGCAAAACACCACCGCCUCCACCCCCACGAUCCACGUCAGUGAAACAAAAAGUUACUGUGCCACCUCAUUCUGAAAAACGUGAUUUAGCUCCAAGACAUGCAGUUGUGAGUGCUGCUGUACAGAAAGUGCAAGUUUUACCAGAUAAUGAUACUCUUUUACAUUUUGCCACAGAAUGCACUCCAGAUGGCUUCUCUUGCGCUUCGAGUCUUAGUGCACUAAGUUUAGAUGAACCCUUUAUUCAGAAAGAUGUUGAGCUAAAGAUAAUGCCCCCAGUUCAUGAGGAUGACCAUACUAAUGAAGCAGAGCUUGAGAAAGAAGACAUCCAAGAGCCCAGGGUUCAAGAGAAACCACCAUCAUCAACUGAACCUGGAAAAGACAUCUUGGAUGACUCGGAUGAUGAUGAUGACAUAGAGAUUCUAGAGGCCUGUAUAAACUCUGCAAUGCCAACAAAAUCAUCAAGAAAAACGAAAAAGCAAUCACCCUCAAGCACCUCUAGAAUACCCCCAUCUGUGGCUCGCAAACCAAGUCAGCUCCCUGUUUAUAAAUUGUUGCCACCACAAAACAGAGGACAACAGCAGAAACAUGUUACCCUAACACACUGUGAAGACAUGCCCCGGGUGUACUGUGUGGAGGGAACACCCAUUAACUUUUCCACAGCAACAUCUCUCAGUGACCUCACGAUUGAUUCACCCCCAAAUGAGAUGGCGGGUAUUGAAAGUUCAGCUCCCCAUGCAGAAGCAUCUGGUCAAAGACGAGACACUCUGCCAGAGGGGAAAAGUGCAGAGGCUAAAGAUAUAAGUUUAUCACCCCCCAUGCAGUCUCCCUUGGCUGAGAAUGAAGGGGACGAUAUUCUUGCAGAGUGUAUCAAUUCGGCAAUGCCCAAAGGCAAAAUUCACAAGCCAUUUAGAGUGCAGAAGAUGCCUGAACAGGCUCAGCAUCCCUCCACUGCCACUGGCAACCUAGUUCAGCAAGACUUAGAAAAGAAAAAGCCAACUUCACCUGUAAAACCUAUGCCACAAAGCAGUGAGUACAGAGCAAGGAUGCUCAAACGGCCAGAGGCUCCUAAUAGCUUGUCAGAAGCAGCAUCAUAUCCAGAUAAAAACAAAGAAAUGGAAAAGCAAGAGCCCAAAGUAGUCACAAGAGAGUUUGCUGAUAAGCCUGCUAAUCCUGAGGUGAGGACACGUCCUGGGUUUGCCUUUGAUUCUCCGCAUCAUUACACACCAAUUGAGGGCACUCCUUAUUGCUUCUCUCGCAAUGAUUCACUGAGUUCACUUGACUUUGAGGAUGAUGAUCUUGACUUGUCUAAAGAGAAAGCUGAGCUGCGAAAAGAUAAAGAGCAAAGAAAAGUUCCCCCUUUGAAGUGCAGUGCAGAACAGCCAGUAAACACCAACAGAGUAUCGGCAUUUCAGACAGCUCCAACAAAACCCCUUCAAAAACCAAGUUUUCCACAAGCACCCAAAGAAAAUACAGUUGCAGUGUGCGAUGAAAAGCAAAAGUUUUCCAUUGAAGACACACCUGUAUGUUUUUCAAGAAACUCAUCCCUGAGCUCAUUAAGUGACAUUGACCAAGAAAACAACAACAAAGAUUGCUCACACAAAGAUGAUGCAACUCAGAUGGAAGUGCCCAGGCCACAAGCCUCUGGUUAUGCGCCAAAGGCCUUUCAUGUUGAGGACACCCCUGUGUGCUUCUCUCGAAAUAGUUCCCUUAGCUCUCUCAGUAUUGAUUCUGAAGAUGAUCUUCUCCAAGAAUGUAUCAGCUCUGCAAUGCCAAAGAAAAAGAAACAGCCAGCAAGAAAUAAGACUGAGGAACCAGGGGUUAAGGAAGAAAAGAGCAUGUCGGCUGAUGGUAUUUUAGCAGAGGAACCAGAUCUUAUAUUAGAUCUCACAGACACACAUAGCCCUAUUUCAGAGCAAGCCUUAUCACCAGACUCCGAAUCAUUUGAUUGGAAAGCCAUUCAAGAGGGUGCCAAUUCUAUAGUUAGCAGUCUUCAUCAGGCUGCAGCAAGUCUCUCCAGACAGGGUUCCUCUGAUUCAGACUCUAUUCUGUCUCUCAAAUCGGGCAUUUCCAUUGGAUCACCUUUCCACCUCCCUUUAAAUCAGGAGGACAAUAAGCCUGCUACAAAUAAAGGGCCAAGGAUAGUAAAACCUGGUGAGAAAGGCACUUUAGAGUCCAAAAAGAAAGAGGAAGAAUCUAAGAGCCUGAAAGGAGGAAAGAAAGUGUAUAAAAGUCUAAUCACAGGAAAGCCCAGACCCAGUCUUGAAAGCAUGCCCUCUCAGCACAGACAAGCUCCUGUGAUCUCCAGAGGGAGGACAAUGAUUCAUGUUCCUGGUGUGAGGAGUAGCUCUCCUAGCACCAGUCCGGUACCCAAACAAACCCCUCCACGUGGCCAAAUGUCAAAACCACCAUCCCAAGCACCUGGUCCUGGAAACUCUCCAAGAACUAUGAAAAUCCCAGCAAGUUCUGAACCUAAUCCUGCCAGGGAUGCAGCAUCAUCUCAAGGAGGGUCAAGUAAAGCUUCCUCUCGAUCUGGGUCUAGAGACUCCACACCUUCUAGACCAGUUCAGCAAUCUCUAACAAGGCCCAUGCAGUCCCCUGGCCGUGCCUCAGUUUCACCUGGUAGGAGUAGUUUGAACCAAUCUAGCAAAUUAACCCAGCUGCCUCGUACUGCAUCCCCCAGUGCUGCUUCAGCAAAAUCUUUUGGAUCUGGACGCAUGGCUUACACUUCUCCAGGGAGGCAACUGGGCCAGCAGACACCAACAAAGCAGAGUGGUUUGCCAAGAAGUACCAGUGGAAUUCCUAGAAGUGAAUCUGCCUCAAAAAGUCUAAAUCAGUGUGGAGCCUCUGGCCCUUCAAAGAAGGCAGAGUUGUCCAGAAUGUCAUCUACCAAAUCCAGUGGGAGUGAGUCUGACCGGUCCGAGAAGCCUGGACUUGUUCGUCAGUCAACAUUUAUCAAAGAAGCCCCUAGUCCAACACUAAAAAGGAAAUUAGAGGAGUCUGCAUCUUUCGAGUCCUUGUCUCCUUCAUCUCCAAGCCAGUCACAGACUCCAGUAUCUAGUCCAUCCUUACCGGAUAUGUCACUUAGUCUACCCUACCAGGGAAGUGGUUGGAGAAAGUCCCCUCAAAGUCAGAACUCUGCAGAGAAUGGUGAUGGAAAGUCACUCCGAAGGCAUGACAUCUCCCGAUCCCAUUCAGAAAGCCCUUCCAGGCUCCCAAUCAACAGGACGGGGACAUGGAAAAGGGAGCAAAGCAAACAUUCAUCAUCUCUCCCAAGAGUAGGCACUUGGAAAAGAACCGGCAGCAGCUCUUCCAUUCUCUCUGCUUCGUCUGAGUCCAGUGAGAAAGGAAGAAGCGAGGAUGAACGGCAACCCGCUAAUCCUCCUCAGAAAUCAAGUAAAGAGGGGGGCCUGGAACGCAAAGGAACAUGGAGGAAAAUGAAAGAGAGUGAAAACUCAUAUGCACCUUCUAUGACCUUAGACUUACCAGAUCCAACUGGUGAUGCUGCUCAUUCAAUGGGUGCUGCUAUGUCCAAGACAGAAGAUGUCUGGGUGAGAAUUGAAGACUGUCCCAUAAACAAUCCAAGGUCUAGUAAAUCACCUACAGCAAACACACCUCCCGUUAUUGACAGUCAAUCAAACAAAGGGCUACCUUGUGACAGGGACUCAAACGAAUCACACUCAAAACAGCCACUAGCAAGUGAGAAUGGAGCUAUGGGCCACCUGGGUUCAGAAACAAAUCUGAAUUUACUCAGGAGUAGCGAGUCUCUUGAUAAAAAAGUCACCGAUAUCAAGCCUGCACCAAGUAACCCAAACAUUGGCACAGAGGUCCAUGAAUUCCCAGUUGCUGAACGCACGCCGUUUAGCUCAACUAACUCUAGCAAACACAGCUCCCCUAGUGGUGCUGUGGCUGCUAGGGUAAGUCCUUUUAAUUACACACCAAGCCCCAGAAAGAGUAGUGCCGACAGCACAACUCCAAGACCAUCCCAGAUCCCAACACCUAUUACAAGCAAUGCAAAAAAGAGAGACACUAAAGGAGACACGACUGAAAGUGGGUCUUACAUUGUCACUUCCGUCUAAGUUUGGGCUUACUCAUAAACCUUUAUAGCGACAACCAGAAAACACUUAUUACAGACUCUGGCCUUUUGUGGAAAAUCCUCUGUGGAGGCCACUUUCUUAGAACUUCUUGUUGUUGCAGCCUGUACUCAGAAACUUAUUCUUGCUGGUUGAUUGAUGUUUAAGCUAAUGUUGGUUUCGAAUUCAGAGAAGCAGCAGUAGGGAGGGCAAAAAUAUUUGACAAUUUGUACUGUACAGAUUUGAUUAUGUAUAUAUUUAAUUUAACCACACAUCAGUGUCCUGUAUUUACCUUGACUUGACAAGAAUAUUGACUAGUGAUGGACUAUUUGGGAUGCUGUUAAACUUCUGAUGGAAUUCAAUACUAAUGCAUUUAAUUUAAUUUUUUAUUUUUUUAGAACAAACAAUAAACCUGUAUUAAUUCAAAUGUUAAACACAUUCUUACUGUUGCAUAUUGUAUGUUACAUAAUGGAUUUUCUCCUUGCAUGAACCGAUUCAGUGGUAUAGUAUUUCCUAUAAAGAUAACAUUUCUGUGGACAUAAGACCUGUACUGAUAUCCGUAGUGUAACACUUUACACUUUUGUGUGUGCAUUUUUGAAAGCAAGAAAUAACCCUUGGAACUGUUGAAUGAUGUUGACGGUUGACAUAGAUUAUAUAAAAAAACAUAGUUCCAUUGCUCUGCUAUUUGUGUAUAGUUGUUUCCAGAUGAGCCGGGUGUCUUUUCGAUGAAACAAUGGUCUUGGAAGGUCUGAAGUAAUGUUUGCAAAUUAAAUUAUUUCUAUAGGUUUUGGUGUUGGUAUCUUUUUAAAAGCUCAUUUGCUUCCCCUUUUAUUUAGUACUUAAGCACAUAAUUAGAUUCAACUGUUUUGCCAAAACCAUGGUGUAAAUAAUCACAUUUUAUUUGAGUUUAUUUUUAUCAUGGAAUAAAGUGGGCAAAUCAAUGUUUGCAAAAUAUUUCCAAUAAAAUAUAUUAAAU